AUGCGUCUCUGUAUCUGCACGUGCACGUCCGCCCAGUGUCUCCCAGGAAAGCGAAAAGAGCUUCAGCAUCAGCAUCAGCCUCAGGAUCAAUAUCAGCCUCAACAUCAGCUUCAGCAUCAGCAUCAGCCUCAGCCUCAGGAUCAGCAUCAUCAGCCUCAGGAUCAGCCUCAGAAUCAGCCUCAGCAUCAGCCUCAGGAUCACAUCAAGCCUCAGGAUCAGCCUCAGGCAGCCAUCAUCCAGCCUCAGCCUCAGCCUCCAGAUCCAGCAUCAUCAGGAUCAGAAUCAGCAUCAUCAGCCUCAGCCUCAGCCUCAGCCUCAGAUCUCAUCAUCAUCUCAGGAUCAGCCUCAGGAUCAGCAGCUCAGAUCAGCUCAGCACAGCAGCCUCAGCCUCAAGCUCAUCAGCCAUCUCCUCAGCCUCAGAAUGCUCCCCGAGCUCCGUCUCGCCGCCGUUCCCCCGGCAGCAGCCGCCCGCGCCCACCCAGCAGCGGAGGAGACCCGGAGAGCGGAGAGGAGAGCGCGCCCCUGCCCAGUCAGCCAUCUGGGGCUUCCCACACGCCGCCCAGUCCAAGACAGACCGCCUCGCCCAAGGGUUCGCCGUCAGACGCACAGACCAGACAAGACGCCCGAAGAAGAGCGUGGGACGCCCCUCGCUUCGGAACCUCGUUAGGGGAUAUUGUGGCUCGGGCUGAGAAUCCUCGCGGGAAACAAAGAUUUAUAGCACAGCCGCUCCUGCCACGCUCGGAAGCAGCCAGAGGACAGCGCUAG